AAACAAAACAAAGCAAAUCAACAAAACCAAAAUAUCGUCAUCAUCAGCAGAGCAGCAUGGCCGUGUUUGGUCCGAAUAAACGCCGGAAGAUUCCAGUUCCGAAACGGCACGGAGUUCGAGAUCCGUUGAAAAAGCUUGCUGAAAGAGAAGCCGCGAUCAAAGAUAAAAUCAACAACCCCCCAAAAGAACGCGACACACAAGAAGUUUCCAACCGCUUCAAAAGGUUUGUCCAACUGAAAGAGCAAACCAAAAGUCACAAUCCCAACAAAAGUCGCACUCCACCGAACCAUCAGCAGCAGAAGCACCGUCGCGAACCCAAACGAAGCCAACUACGGGUCGGUGACAGUGUCGUCAAACAACUACCGAAAGAACCAGAGGAAGCGUUUCUGGCUCGUGCCAGUAAACUUCAACAGGACCGUGUGAUUGAGGCAAAAUUUUCCUCCAAGUUCAACGUCGAUAUCGAACGAGAUGAAUCAACCGGCGCUGUUCGAUUGAAGAAACGCAAAACCCACGAGAUUGAUGAAUUGUUGAAAAAGAAGGCCGAGGAGACAAAAGGGUUCAAGAAGAAGAAAAAGGUCAAGCAAGAAAAGAAAAAGUUAACUUUGGCGGAGAAGAAAUCUCUGAAGAAGCAGAAGAUCGAGGAAAAGAAACGUAACGAGGACGAUAAGCUGUUGGAAGAGUAUCAAGUCGAUAAGGUUGCAUUUGGAGAGGUUGUUAAUGGACCGCCUACCUUGAACACAAAACCAAGAAAUGCUGAUAAGCUGAAAGGGGCACCAAGGCCCGGUAAGAAGCGAUUAUUGCUUCAUUCAUUGUUAGAUCCAUCGGAGGAAGAGGAUGCUGAACCAGAGAAAAAGAAACCCAAGAAAAAGGCUCAGGACCAGCAGAAGGUAAAUCUUAAGGGUAAACGUAAAAAUUUGCCUAUUGGUACCAGAAUUAACUUGGAACGGGAACAGCAAAAUGUGAUUGACAUGUAUCGACAGUUGCGGAAGACGAAACAACAGAGUAGCUAAAAUAAAAUACAAAGAAUA